UUCAUUGAAUACGUGUUUGUUUGGGGAAGCCUUGUAGGUAUGGGCGCAUGAUUUGAAUUGGACCCUCCUCCGUCUAUACGAUGACGCCUUGCGGCAAAGCAUCGGGGGAAUUCAUGACACUUGUAUUCGAGCUGGUUUGCUUUGUGCCGCAGGGGUCCCGAAUCCUUCUCCCUGUAAUUCAGCAUAGUGGAGGUCCGGCUCUUUUCUACUGAAUAUCUACAAGCUCAUGUUUCUACCAUCUUAAUCUGUUGCCUUGAAGGUUGCCCAUUGUCCACUCUUUCUCCAUACUUUUCAGACUUUUUUUGGCUUACCCAUCCACUUCAGUCCACAUUGUGUUCCUGUGUUACUCUGAAACCAAAUACAGACAGGGCUUGGAGACCCCAAUUUCAGGGCCGGUUAGGGUUUCAAUUUCAGGACCGGUGUUAGGGCUUCAAUCUCGUUCUCGGCUCUCCAUCUGUGCUCGUUUUCAGGUACGAUUCAACCCCUAUAUAAAUUUUCACAUAUCAUCGAUAUAUACAGUUUUGUGUGCAACCAUGGCUUCCGUCACCCAAGACGAUGGUUUGAAGAAACUGGAGUACCUCUCACUGGUGUCCAAGGUUUGCACCGAGUUAGAAUCCCACUUAGGGUUUGGGGACAAGGUAUUGGCCGAAUUCAUCACCGACAUGGGCCGAACCUGCGAGACAGUCGAUGAAUUCGACGCCAAAUUGAAGGAAAAUGGUGCUGAAAUGCCCGAUUACUUUGUUCGAACCCUGUUAACAAUAAUUCAUGCAAUUUUGCCUCCCAAACCCAAGUCCGAUAAGGAGUCGAAGAAGGAUGAUGGUUCUGAAGGUAAGAAAUCUGACUUUCCGGGUUUGGGAAUUUCGGAUGGUAGAGAGAGAGUGAAGGAUCUGGAAAGAGAAAUUGAGCUGGAAACAAAGGAUCGAAGGCGAAGAGUAGAAGAACAAGAGGGUAAAAAACGCAGGGACGACUGGGAUAGAAACAGAGACAGAGAAAGGAGAGAGAGGCAUAGGGAGAGAGACAAGGAUGAGAGAGGUGAUAGAGGCGAAAGGCGUAGAGAUUGGGAGGAAAGGCAUAGAGAUAGGGAUGAAGACGAUAGAGGUGAUUAUAAGAGCAGGGGAAGGUAUAGAGAUAGAGAAGACAAGCAUACGAGGGAUGGUUAUGAAGAAGAUGGGGAUAACAGGGAGGAUGAUGGUAGGAGAGGUGAUUAUAAGAGCAGGGGAAGGUAUAGAGAUAGAGAAGACAAGCAUAGGAGGGGUGGUUAUGAAGAAGAUGGGGAUAACAGGGAGGAUGAUGGUAGGAGGGACCGGCAGAAUGGUAGGAAUCAUUCAACUGAACCUGAAUUGUAUCAGGUGUAUAAGGGCAGGGUGUCAAGAGUUAUGGACACGGGCUGCUUUGUUCAGCUUAGUGAUUUUAGGGGUAAAGAGGGUUUAGUCCAUGUUUCGCAGAUUGCAACUAGGAGGGUUGCUAAUGCAAAGGACAUUGUGAAACGGGAUCAAGAGGUUUUUGUUAAAGUGAUUUCAGUGUCGGGCCAGAAGUUGAGUCUUUCAAUGAGGGAUGUUGAUCAGAACAGUGGUAAAGAUUUACUUCCGUUGAAGAAGAGCUCGGGGGAGGACACCUUUCGGAUUAACCCUUCAGGAUCGAAUACUGAGGGGCCAACAACUCGGACGGGUCUUUCAGGGAUCAGGAUCACUGAAGAUGACAGUACUGUUCCGUCACGUCGGCCAUUGAAGAGAAUGAGUUCACCUGAGAUAUGGGAAGCUAAACAGCUGAUUGCUUCAGGUGUCUUGGAUCCUAGGGAUUAUCCCAUGUAUGAUGAUGAAGGAGACGGAAUGCUCUAUCAAGAAGAGGGUGCUGAGGAGGAGCUUGAGAUUGAGUUAAAUGAAGACGAGCCAGCCUUCUUGCAGGGGCAAAGUCGAUACUCUAUAGACAUGUCACCUGUUAAGAUCUUCAAGAAUCCGGAAGGGUCCUUGAGCCGCGCAGCAGCCCUGCAGUCUGCUCUUAUAAAGGAACGAAGAGAAGUACGCGAACAGCAGCAGAGAACAAUGCUUGAUUCUAUCCCUAAAGAUCUCAAUCGACCAUGGGAAGACCCAAUGCCUGAGACAGGUGAGAGGCAUCUUGCACAGGAGCUCAGGGGUGUAGGCUUAUCUGCCUAUGACAUGCCUGAAUGGAAAAAGGAUGCUUUUGGAAAAGCCCUAACAUUUGGGCAGAGAUCAAAGCUUUCCAUCCAAGAACAGAGGCAGAGCUUACCAAUUUAUAAACUAAAGAAAGAAUUGAUUCAGGCUGUGCAUGAUAAUCAGGUUCUGGUAGUAAUUGGUGAGACAGGAUCUGGGAAGACAACUCAGGUGACGCAAUAUCUAGCUGAAGCAGGGUACACUACCAGGGGCAAAAUUGGAUGUACUCAGCCCCGUAGGGUGGCUGCAAUGUCCGUGGCCAAGAGGGUUGCUGAGGAGUUCGGCUGUCGUUUAGGGGAGGAAGUUGGGUAUGCCAUUCGUUUCGAGGAUUGUACUAGUCCAGAGACUGUUAUCAAGUAUAUGACUGAUGGUAUGCUUUUAAGGGAGAUUUUGAUUGAUGAGAAUUUAUCCCAAUACUCUGUGAUAAUGCUUGAUGAAGCUCAUGAGAGGACUAUCCACACUGAUGUUCUUUUUGGAUUACUAAAGCUGCUUGUGGAACGGAGACCCGACCUUCGAUUGAUUGUCACAUCUGCCACUUUGGAUGCAGAGAAAUUCUCAGGGUAUUUCUUCAACUGUAACAUCUUCACCAUUCCUGGAAGGACCUUUCCUGUAGAAAUACUCUACACCAAGCAGCCGGAAAGUGACUACCUAGAUGCUGCUCUGAUCACUGUUCUACAGAUCCACUUGACAGAACCUGAGGGUGAUAUCCUCCUUUUCUUGACUGGUCAGGAAGAGAUUGACCACGCCUGCCAGUGUCUUUAUGAGAGGAUGAAAGGGAUAGGUAAAAAUGUUCCUGAACUAAUUAUUUUACCAGUCUACAGUGCUCUUCCUAGUGAAAUGCAAUCCAGGAUUUUUGAUCCUGCCCCUCCUGGAAAGAGGAAAGUGGUUGUUGCAACCAAUAUUGCCGAAGCUUCUUUGACUAUUGAUGGGAUUUUUUAUGUCAUUGAUCCGGGCUUUGCAAAGCAAAAUGUGUAUAAUCCCAAACAAGGGCUUGAUUCACUGGUCAUAACUCCGAUUUCACAAGCAUCUGCCAAGCAACGAGCUGGGCGUGCCGGGCGUACAGGGCCAGGAAAAUGUUACCGUCUUUACACAGAGAGUGCCUUUCACAAUGAGAUGUCCCCUACCUCAAUUCCUGAAAUCCAGAGGAUAAAUUUAGGAUCUACGACUCUUAAUAUGAAAGCUAUGGGAAUAAAUGAUCUUCUGUCUUUUGAUUUUAUGGAUCCACCUUCUCCUCAAGCUCUUAUCUCUGCCAUGGAACAGCUAUACAGUCUGGGAGCUCUAGAUGAGGAGGGACUUUUGACUAAAUUAGGUAGGAAAAUGGCAGAAUUUCCCCUGGAUCCACCAUUAUCAAAGAUGCUUCUUGCUAGUGUAGACCUUGGAUGCAGCGAUGAGAUCUUGACCAUAAUUGCAAUGAUUCAAACUGGAAAUAUCUUCUACAGGCCAAGGGAAAAACAAGCUCAAGCAGAUCAAAAGAGAGCCAAGUUUUUUCAGCCCGAAGGAGACCAUUUGACUUUACUUGCUGUUUAUGAGGCUUGGAAAGCAAAGAAUUUUUCUGGGCCUUGGUGUUUUGAAAACUUUGUUCAGUCUCGUUCAUUAAGGAGGGCACAGGAUGUCCGAAAACAGCUUCUUACCGUCAUGGACAAGUACAAAUUGGAUGUUGUGAGUGCUGGGAAGAAUUUCACAAAAAUAAGGAAGGCGAUAACGGCAGGAUUCUUUUUCCAUGGGGCGAGAAAGGAUCCACAGGAGGGUUACCGAACCUUAGUUGAGAACCAGCCAGUUUAUAUUCACCCAAGCAGUGCUCUUUUUCAGAGACAACCAGAUUGGGUGAUCUACCAUGAGUUGGUAAUGACUACAAAGGAGUACAUGCGUGAGGUCACAGUUAUUGACCCCAAGUGGCUUGUGGAACUGGCACCAAGAUUUUUCAAAGUGGCAGAUCCUACAAAAAUGAGCAAGCGCAAGCGUCAAGAACGUAUUGAACCACUUUAUGACAGAUAUCAUGAACCUAACUCUUGGCGUUUGAGUAAAAGACGUGCUUGAUUUGUGCUUCAUUUGCUAUCAGUGGGUUGGUGCAGAAUUCACUUCGAUUUUGCUCCAUGUGCAGCAGGUCUCUCUUUCUCUAUAUAUAUAAUGCUUCAAUUAAUUGAACUACAGUUCCAGGAAAAUUAGGUGUAUAGCCUAAUUUUUUUGUUAGAUCUCAUCAUGUUCUCUGGAUUUCUCACUCGUGUCGGGCUAACAAUAGACCGGAAAAGGCUCGCGAUCGACUGGUUUAAAGACACUCUUUCAGAAUGAUCAUGAUAAAAUCCUGGAACUAUAUCCCAGCAGCUGUCCAUUAAGAAAAAAGUGAGCUGCAAAUUUGGAAUUGGUUUUUGAGCACAUUAAAGGGCAGAGUCCUAUAAAAGAAGAUCCAAUACAUAGGAGAUAGUGUGAGGGAGACAGAAUCUAGAGAACAGCAAGGCCAUAGAUAGUUCUGACAUUUUUUUUGCUCAUAUUUUUUUUGGUUUUAAUGGGAGUCAAGAAAUGUUAUGCAAAAUGAUGUUGUGACUAUUAAUAUGGUUAAUAGCUUUGGCUUGCUAUGCUAUUGUGAACUGUUGGAACUCUAGAUAGGAUGGGAUGGUGAAGUCACUGCAUAUAAUUGGUUUUAACUUUUUCAUCAAGUGAUAAUAUGAAGUGUGUAUUACUUUGAGCUAUAUGGCUCACAUAAAACUUUAA